GUAUGAUAUAAAAUAGAAAAUCGGAAUCUGGCGUCUUCUUUCUCACCGUUUACUUCAUCUGAACAGAAAUUCGCCAAUCAAUCAUCAUCGCUUUCCGAUUCUCUACACUCUUCCGCUGCCUUCUUCACGUUUUAAUAGAUCUUGUGAAGUGUUAUACCAACAAACCUGACAUUCAGAAAUGGAGCUGAGUUCCAUCAAUGAUGCUUUUGACCGUGUUACAAAGAAGCAAAAGCUUUCAUCCUCGAAAGUUCAAGAAAUAAUCGAGCAGAUUGGACGAGAAAUAGAACAGGCUAUAUCAAGAAUUCAAUCCGAACAGGAUUCCGCAUCUCCAUCUGAUCAAAAAAUGAUCCUCAACGAACUGAAAGCCAAGUUGAAGGAAAUUGCUCCACUCAGGCAGCUGGAAGGCCCACAAAAGGAAUUGAAUGUUGCGCUCAGCAAGUACACAAAGAUGCUUGAGAAAUCCUUCACUGCCGACAUUUCGAAGUCAUAUCUUGAUAUCGAUUUUGAUCUCCACACUGUCAAUCAAAUACUUGCUAGCCACCUCUACCGUGAGGGCCUAUUUGAUGUUGGUGAUUGUUUCGUGAGCGAGUCAAACGAACCAGGGGCUGCCACAGACAGAGCCCCUUUCCUAGAAUUGUUUCAAAUACUCGAAGCCAUGAAAUCUAGGAAUCUCGAACCUGCUCUGAAAUGGGUGAAAAGAAACUGCGAAGAACUGAUACAACAUGGAUCCGAGUUAGAAUUGAAACUUCACCGCCUUCAAUUCGUGGAAAUCUUGCAGAACAAGAGCCGAGACGAAGCUUUGAAGUACGGUAGAGCCUUUCUCGCCCCAUUUGCCGCCACACACAUGGCCGAUGUCCAGAAACUCAUGACUGCUCUGCUGUGGGCUGAUAAGCUCGAUUCAUCUCCUUAUGCAGAACUACUGUCGUCCACACACUGGAGCAAAAUGGCUGAGGAACUCACACGGGAGUUCUGCAAUUUCAUGGAGCAAUCCCAUGAAAGCCCGUUGAGUGUAACAAUUGCUGCUGGAAUUCUAGGGCUGCCGUAUCUUUUGAAAAUGUCGAGCUUGACUCUUGGUAAAAAUCUGGACCCCUCUUCGGUGGAUUUGAAGCUGGGCGUAGAGUUUCAGUUCCAUUCGGUGUUUGUGUGUCAUGUAAGCAAAGAGCAUGCAAGUGCAGACAAUCCUCCUAUGAUAUUGACGUGCGGACACGUGAUAUGCAAGCAGACAAUGACCAAGUUAACCAAAAAUAACAACACUAAGCCCUUCAAGUGCCCCUAUUGUCCGAUUGAAGUUGAAGUAGCUCAGUGUAGGCAGUUGUUUCUCUGAAUACACUGCUGAAUUAACAUGAAAGGGUCGUAUUUGGAGAGUAUACGAAAAGGGAGAUACUUCUUCUUCUUCUCUCUCUCUCUCUCUCUAUGGAAACAUAAUUCACGUACCUAGGUAAGAUGAAUCGUUUAGACGUAGAUGUUUGUUGUUGUUGUUGUCUUGGUUAUGGCUUUGCUUUAAAUCUGUUCUAUGUUGAAGUUGGUAAGGUUUACUGUUGGGAUGGAUGAUUGUAAAUAGAUAUUCUUUGCGCAUAUACUUUUUCGCUUCAAGUAUGGUACUAAAGCUGCAUCGACCGCGAGUUGAUUAACGGUACUUGUUUGGAAGUGAACGCUAUGAUGAUAGUAAAAAUUACUGUUCAUGAUGUUCUCGUGUUUAACCGACAUGUGGGUCGGAACCGUUGAUGGUUCUCUUUUUCUUAGUUGCUUUAUAUUCA